AUGAUAAUCCACCUCCAAGCUUUAUUAGGCAACAAGUGGGCUGCAAUAGCCACGUACCUUCCGCAGAGAACUGACAACGACAUCAAGAACUACUGGAACACGCACCUUAAGAAAAAGCUCAAGAAACUCCACCAAUCGGGUGUCGCCACGUCAUCAUCAUUAAUAUCUUCCAACUCGUCGACCAAUUAUUACCGUCGUCUCAUGUCGAGAGGCAAUUCGGUCUAUACCUCUAUGAGUGCCGAGAACAUAUCGAGGCUUCUAGAAGGUUGGAUGAGGUCAUCAUCAACCCUUCCACAUGAUGCUAACAUUAAUCUUGGCAAUAACAAUAGUGUUAUUAAUUUUCCGAAUGAAAUUAGUCGUGACGAAUUGAUUUAUCGCGAUUUCGGGAAGAAUAUUAUUCGCGACGAUUUCGACAUAAUUGAUUUGGAGGGAAUUUUGUCGUUCGAUAAUGGUUGUAAUAAUCGGAAUCCGGCUAGUGUUAGUGGCUUGCUCGACCGGGAAAAGGCGAAAAAUGAUGAAACGAAUUAUCCGCCAUUGUCGUUUUUCGAGAAGUGGUUGUUAAUGGAUGAGAGUGCAGGUCAAGUGGAAGGAGAAGGAGAAGGAGAAGGAGAAGGAGAAGGGGGUCAUGGAGCUGCCAUUAAUACUCUAAAUAUGGAGUUAUUUUAA